UACCACUCAGUUUCAACGGCUUGCAAAAGAGGCCGGGUCAAUGUUAGCACGAAAAUUACUCAAUUUUUUCUUCUCCACAGCAUAUUACUACCAAAGAUUCUGCUUUGGCCUAUCCAAUGUCUAGUUAUUUUCAAAGUUUUCCCUGGGUCUCGUUUGAUUAUUACGUGUCUCUGUGACAUGCUUAUGGAUCUAACCAAUAUCUGGAUGUCCUUCGCUGAAAACCCGAGAAUAUCCGCCCAAUCCCCUCCCCCACAGUGUUGUCCCGUCGCUCGCUCAAAUGCGUGCAAAAGGUUCUUAUUCUUCCUCGUCGUCUUUGGACUCGCCGUUGCCACAGGUUUCUUCAUCCUCGCCUCUGACAAAGCUGAGGCAGCUGGCGACAUCCUCCUCUUCUUGACGGACUUGUGCGAAUACGUCGCUUUCGGGGCCUUGCUGGAAGCUGUUUUCGCUGUGUUGCCGAUGUUGGAGAGAAGUCAGUCUCAGGAAAUCGGAAUUGACCAAGGUGAGGUCAAGACGGUGGAUACUCCUAUACUGGAUUGCAUAGAGCAUGUCGCUGGCUGGGUAACGAGUGACACUCCACGCCACUCAUACGGUGACCUUCCGCGUAUCGACGCUCUUCACCCGUCAAUGACAUCCCCGGGUGAUGUAGAUUCCACAUUGGAUAUCUCUGAAGCAUAGGAGAUAUCUGUGAUGUCAGGUUCGGUCAUCAGCCUGUACGCUACCGUCCCCGCACAGAAAUUGAUAUCGUGCACGGCGGUCGGCUAUGCUGCGUUCCGCUCCAGUAUUAGCUCAGAGUCAACCCUGCCAGAUCUACGGGCCAUGGUGGAGACGAUCAUUUUCCCCUCUGUCAAUGAUCGUCCACAGGACGAUCGCUUUUAUGCCUUGCGUCGAGAGGUGUACAAGUUGGUCAGACAAGACAGUGAGGUGAGCUUCUCCGAAUAAUUUUUCUGAUGAACGUGCU